UAUGCCGCCUGCCAUUACUGGAAAUGUGAUUAUGAGCUCAGAUUUCAUAUUUAUUAUGUCUCUCUCUCUCUGUCUCCUUCCUCCACAUCCUCCUUUUAUUUUCACAUUCAUCUACAUUUUCUGCUGCUUCUUCUCCAUUCUUCUUCUCAUGACAACACUUUCUCCCCCCCCUCACAGGAAGGUAAUCAGGUAACAGGCUAUCUCCUGUUCUCUCUGGGCACCGCUGUCAUCGGCUCUCUGCAGUUCGGUUACAACACAGGAGUCAUCAAUGCGCCAGAGCAGAAACUACGAUCUUUCUUCAACGCUACCUGGGUUGAGCGUUAUGGCCAGGAAAUCAGCCCGGGGGUGUGUACCAUCGUCUGGAGCGUCGCCGUCUCCAUCUUUAGCGUUGGCGGCAUGGUUGGCUCCUUCAGCGUGGGAGUCAUGGCAAACCGAUUUGGCAGGCGUCGCUCCAUGUUCCUGGUCAACUGUCUGGCGGUGAUCGGCGGCCUCCUCAUGGGCUUCUCCACCAUCUGCUCCUCCUAUGAGAUGGUGAUCGCCGGUCGCCUGGUCAUCGGCCUGUUCUGCGGUCUCUUUACCGGCCUGACUCCCAUGUACGUGGGCGAGGUGUCGCCCACUCCCCUCCGAGGAGCCUUUGGCACUCUUCACCAGCUCGGUGUGGUGGUCGGCAUCCUGAUCGCUCAGAUCUUUGGUUUGGAGGCUCUGCUGGGCUCAGACAAGCUGUGGCCCCUGCUGCUGUCCCUCACUGUGGCCCCUGCUGUGCUGCAGUGCAUCCUGCUGCCCUUCUGUCCUGAGAGCCCUCGCUUCCUGCUCAUCAACCUCAAACAGGAGGAGCAGGCACGCAAAGCACUGGUGCGCCUGCGUGGCAGUGAGGAUGUGAGUAAAGACCUGCAGGAGAUGAAGGAGGAGAGCGCCAAGAUGGCCAUGGAGAAGAAGGUGACCAUCCCCGAGCUUUUCCGCUCGGCGGCGUAUCAACAGCCCCUCCUCAUCGCCGUCAUGCUGCAGCUCUCCCAGCAGCUGUCAGGGAUCAACGCUGUGUUCUACUACUCGACAGGAAUCUUUGAGUCAGCUGGUGUGAAAAAACCUAUCUACGCCACCAUCGGAGCCGGCAUCGUCAACACCAUCUUCACUGUUGUUUCUCUCUUCCUGGUGGAGAAGGCAGGACGAAGGACUCUGCACCUCCUGGGAUUGGGUGGAAUGGCGAUCAGCGCUGUACUUAUGACCGUGUCCCUCCUUCUGAAGGACAUUCCUGCUAUGAGCUACAUGGCUAUCGUGGCUGUCAUGCUAUUUGUGGCUAUGUUUGAGCUGGGCCCGGGUCCAAUCCCAUGGUUCAUUGUGGCAGAGUUGUUCUCCCAGGGGCCCCGCCCGGCGGCCAUGGCUGUGGCUGGCUGCUGCAAUUGGACGGCCAACUUCCUGGUUGGAAUGAGCUUCCCCAAACUAGAGGAGGUAUGCGGGCCUUGGGUCUUCCUCAUUUUCACCACCUUCCUCCUCCUGUUUUUCAUCUUCACUUUCCUUAAAGUCCCGGAGACGAGGGGCAAGACCUUCGACGAGAUCGCCCGCAGCUUCGGCAGUGCCCCGCCUGCCGCCUCCUCGCCUGUUGAGGAGGCUCCUGCCAGCGCCAGCACUGCUGUGAAAGCCUCACCGGUAAAGGAGAAGGUCCCGCUGGUGGAGGCGGCGGCGGCAGCAGCAGCUCCGCCCUCCGCAUCUGAAAGCACGCCCCUUGAAGAUAAAUCAAACUCCACAGUACAGGAGAGUGUGUAGAGCAGCUGUAUGUACACUUUUAAUGGGUGAAGGGGGUUAUAAAUGAAGGAAGAAUCACUGAGAUUUCAAAAAUGCUGUAAAUUGUAGUUAAUAAUCACAUCUUGGAACAAUAGGAAUUAUAUAAUUUUAUAAUAGACCUACUGAGAACAACAGCGUUAUCAAUUUAUAGGCUUUGACCUUUAAAAGGUCAUGCUUUCUGCUUUCAUGGUAACUCCUCCUUAUUUUUCUGUGACAUUUCCUACAGUUCCUUCUUUAUAUCCUCCUUUCCUAAACUGUAAAAGGGAAGCAGUCAAUGUACAAUACCACAGAUUCAAUCUACUGUGCAUUCCUAGGAAUCAAGCUACACUCGUUAAAAGGGUGAGUCUUUUUCAAGACAGCUGUGUAUCUAGUCAGGAUGACACUUUUCCAACACGGCAAACACAUGUUGCGUUCAUGGAAAUUGUUACUAACAGGUGAAGAUCCAGGUAAUAUCCAUCACUGCAGACUAGAAGCAGAGCGUGUUGACAAUGGCACAGCCUUUGUGCAGGUGUAUCCAAACCUAUUAGAGAGUUCAGGUCCAUGUAGUGAGAGGGAGGUGACACGGAUAGCGAUGAUGCACAUUUGUUAUAAAGUCACGUAUUCCUGUUAUAGUGGAUAUCUUAGUGCAAUAUAACUUUGUAACUGUAGUUAGUGAUGUCUAAUUAUGUUCUAUCCAUUAAUUCCUGUCAUGUUUUCGGAAGUGUUCUCAUGUCACAGGUCCAAGAAGGGAUUUUUAAGAUUGAAGCUCCGCCUUCAGCUGUUGAAUUCGAGCUGACAAACCAGAGAGCUUUUUAGCAAUGCCAAAGUACUGAACUUUAACUGCCACCGGGUGAACACGUGACCUCAAACAAGUGUGUUUCUUCUGAUUGUUAAAUUCAGGGUGGGAAAUUAGCGGCAGCCACAGGUCACGCUGAGUUUAAUCAUUCUAAAGGGGUGGUUAAAGCUGUGAUCCACAAGUUUAUUAAACCACCCUCAGUGCUAACCACUCAUUUUGUGGUCUUGGUCAGUUCUACAUUUAGUCCAAACAAACAAAAUUUCCUGUUUACCAGACAAUUUUGUUUAAAAAAAAAACUGCUCAUGAACUCAUUAUUGGUUGAAUCUUUCUGCUGAUAUAUUGACAGGCAGAAUCAUUUGGUGUUAAAUCUUGUGGAUUAUUGCUUUACUGCAGGGUCUUUUGUAUUGGAAAACUAUAGCUGAUAUAACGAUAACUGUGGCUCACGAAGGUUAGGACUUGCUAUUGAAUGUGGCUCGUGGAAAAAAACAUGUUGGCUGAAUUGUUUUACACAUGUAGAUCACAGUAGGGUAACGUGCAAUGUAUAUUUUUUGUUGAAGAGAAAAAUAUUUAUUACCUUAGAAAUUAAUUUUUGUAUAGAGUAUAUAAUUAUAAAACACUAAAGCAAAUUUAGAAUCAUAAUGCUUUCCAGAAAACCCCCCUGGAAUGAAGUUGAAUGAGUCUGUAGUGCGCUUUACCUGCUGUGGUGGAGGAAACCGACAUCACGUGAAGUGCCGCUCAGAGAUUUUGAAUUGAUUGAGAGUCAAACACUGUAAAUCUCAUCUGUUGCUCUCUAAUUAGAUGCACUUUGUUAACCAGUUAAGCAGCAAAGCGAAGCAUUAGAGCCGCAAUCACUGACAGCGCUUUAUUUCAAAUUAACUGAAUAAAAUGAAACACUAUAUUUACCUGAGCAAUUGCGUAUAUCGGGCCAAGCUGUUAUUAGAAUAGAUAAGAGUUAUAUAAAAUGUGCAAUCAAUAACGAGACUUCAACCGAUGGAGCUGAUAAUAAAUAGAGGCAAGGGGAAGUGCUAAUACAAUAAACAACGGGUAGACCAGCCGUCUGUUGUUUGAUUAGAAUGUCAAAUCUGGUUCAUUUAUUUUAGUUUUUUCAAUCAUUUCAUAUUUUCACAAAGGGAGAAAUGACUACUAUGACUAUUUAAUUGUGUGUGACUUCUGUGAUAAUCUGAAAAAAUGAUUUGGAUUGUGUACUGUGAGUUAAAUCAAAACGGGAAGCGUCAUCCCAUGACUGUCAGCGUGACAUUGAGUUAAAGUGGGUUCAUAAAGUUAGGAGUUGGUGCAUUUAAAGCACCUCCAGUUUUUAGAGUUGCUCUGGAUGCAAGAAUUACUACUAUUCAAAGUAAUUUAAAGAGAAAAAACUAUGGGAGGAAGACAGAGCCGAACGGAGCUUGGCAUUCUUGCUACCAACUGAAUUAGCCAGUUAGCCGAUUUAUAGAUUAGCCUAUACCUGUAAGUUAGCUAGGAAGCAUCAUGUGUGGUCUUGAAUUAAAUGACAGCUUGUUUAUUAUUUAUUUAGGAAAAGUUUUGUCUCUUUAACUUUCGUCGGUUAGCCAUCUUGUGCUCCAAUAACUGUAGUCCUCUGAUCUAACCAAUGAGAUUAUUUCGGGCCUCCAAUGCAAAACUGGCUCUUGAAAAUUGUUUAAAGAACUAAAACUACAAUCUGCCUUCAAGUAGUCCUGACAGUAGUACAUGAGACAGAUAAUCAGUGAAAAUCUCAGGUUCCUCUGGCUCCUAAUGACAUUUACAGGAAUCCACCAGACCUGAAUGAAAACAACCAAUCAGAGCGAAGAAAGAUUCUUGAUUGUCUCAUUCCUAGUUUGUCAAAUGCCGAUGUUAGGAAUCAGACUCAACAAUUAACUGUCUUCAAGCCACCAACCCUAAGUGUCUUUCUAUCGUUCUUGGCUCUGAUUGGUUGUUUUUAUUCAGGCCCGGUGGAUUCUUUAAUAUUCCAUGAGGAGCACUAGGAGGAGCCUGAGGAGCCUGAUUUUUUCACAGAUUAUCUGUAUCAUGUUCAACUUUAAGAAUAUAAUGAAAGUUUGAGCAAAUUUGACACAAGGUUAUUUUCAUAAAACUUACCUACUGCAGCUUUAAAGCCCAAACGCACUGAAUGCAACUUUUGACAUUACUAUUGAGUAACAUAUUGUUAUUAGGGUUAGGCUAACUUUUCAAUUCAGCCAAGAGUACUUGCAUAAUAAGACAUAAGACAUUUUAAAUCGUGCUGUCAUGGAUGACUGCAACCUUAAUGACCUUCCAACAUGGAGAUACCUGUUUAAAUUAUUAAUAUAUUAACAAUGUUUCAUCCAUACAUGUUGUCACUGAAAAUCAGACCGCUUCCGGUGUGUUUCUGGCUUUAUUUGUGGGGUCCAGACGCUGUUGUGACGCUUUGUCUGUUAGCCAUGUGCAGCAUUUUCCACCUUUACGAUUUAUGUAUUACAAACAUUGUAUAGUAUGUUUGGUGUAUAAGUGUGUGACACAAAGUAUAUUUUCUAUAUUCUGUGUGAAUUACUGUAGUUUAAAAAGCUGAAAUAACUUUCUCAACCGCAGCAAUUCAUGCUGCACUUUGAGAACAUAUUUAUUUAUUUAGGUAUUAUUUCUUUUUUGACUACCCUGGAAAAAUAUUUAUCUUGACAAGUAAUUCAUUUGAUUUAAACUGAAGUGGUACCUGCCUUGCUUUAAAAUACUGACUGAGUUGAAACAUGAAAUGUGUCUCUGUGCUGACAUUUUUCAGUUGUUUUGAGAGAUAUAACCCUGUAAGACUCAUUUGAUGCGAUGUUAAAUUGCUUGUUAAAAUGAGUAUUUCUUACAGCGAGAGGCUAGAUUAUGGUCGGAGUCAUGGCUUCGUUGUGUAUUGCUGUAUUUGUGGAUGAUAGUGACGUACUGUGUUUGCACUGGGGGUAGGUAUGUGCUACACUCCUCUCAUGGUUGUGUUCAGUGUUGUAUUUAACCUCUCCUGCAGGGUCUUGCUUCUACACCCACUAACUUCGAUAUGGCACUAACACUUAACUUGACCAAACCUGAGUCUAAUAUGGAUUUAAAAUGCUUUCUAUUACGUUUUGUGAUAUCACAAUCUCAAAUACCUCCAAGACUUGUGCUUGUGGCUUUCCUUUUUCUCUGAGUCCUGAGGUGAAAUGAAGGUGUUCCAGAGGUAAAAGUGAAGAAGCACAGUGAAAAUUGUGUUAAUAUGAAGUUGUAAAAGCCUAAAUGUUACUUUUGAACAGGAGGGAUUUGCACCUUAAGAAUUUCAGUUUACUGUGCAGGUUUGAGUGGUUCAAUGUGAUUUUGUAGGCAAAACUCCCCAGUUACAAGUAAAUCAGAGAUUGCAAAUGAAACUCAUACACUCACCGGCAGCCUCAAACUUGUCAUCCUAGUAGAUUAAAUAUUUCGAACAAGUCAAGACAAAUUCAAAAAAUGCCAAACUUUUUCACCAGCCAUACAAACUGAACGUAAAUUCUCCAGAGUUGGAGCAGACAGAUAAAUUCAGCGUAUCACAAAAGUAUGUGAAAGGAUUAGAAACAAAUAUGUGGACCCAGGUGCACACUGCUCCUAACCCAUCUGCACAUGUACGAACUCAAAACCAUCCACUAACUGUACAAAGAUAGGAGAGUAUAAGUAUUCAUUUGUAAAUAUGUAUUUUUUAAAAGAGUACUAUUUAUAUGUUAACUUGCACGGUCAUACGUGUGUUGAGAUGUUUUUUUCCUUUGGGGUUGCACAUGUACAUUUUUUUUAGAAGAGAGGAACAGAUUUGCUGAUUUUAGUAGAAAAGAAUUAGUCUCUUGGCACAUUUUGCUCCUCCUGUGUGUGAACAAGAGCCAAUCACCGACUAUCUCCUCUCUUUCAUCUUCAUCUCAAGUCUUUCUCAUCACUCAAUCACAGCUAUGUACUUUUAUCUGUGUGCCUCAACAGAUUACACUCAGAGCUGUUCAAAGGUUUUUGGCCGCCACUCUGUCGUCCUUUUCUGUACUUCUGAAGGUUCCCUGCUAUAAUGUCGUUGCGAUGGCAUUUUGCUGAAUAUCCAAACUACUGUAUAAUAAACCGGCUCUGAAAGGAAUCACGUCGUGUCAUCGACAUGCUUUGGCUGCUGUGGUCUUUGUUUUUCUAUUGUUUGUUGGGUCCUGACCUGUGUGUUAUAAAUGUGUAUAUAAAUGUACUGACUGUGCUGUAUGUUUGAGUGUUAUCAUGUACUGUAAGUCUGCUAUUUGUGCCUCUCUGCACCUCACACAUUCACAGACUGUUACUCAAUGUGUGUGUUUGUGAGAAAGCUUCCCUUCUGCUUCUCUGUGUAAGACGUGUCUCUCAUUCAUUCACUCAGUCACACUUAACAGGUCACUCUAUCGGGUGCCGUUGUAAUUUACACACCUCAAGUAAUAUGAAAUAGUGUACACGAGACUUUUUCCAGAAUUUAGACACUAAUAAACAACAAUUGUCUCUCUGCUUUGCUGUUUCAGAGACUCAAUCAGGUGAUAUAUACAGGAUGAUUAGGGAGUCAGCUGACACUGUUAAUGAGUUUUGGGUGAUUAACUUUGGUUUCUGUGAAGUGAUGGAAAUGAAGUAUUUAACAUUUCUCUGUGCCACCCCAGUGAUGCACCCCAACUGUUUUUGUUUGACUUGUGUUUGUACUGUACAUACCAGAUAUAAUGUUGUUAAAUAAAAUAUUCAUCAUGUAACAAGA